AUGAGAAGGACUCAUGUUGCGGGUGAGUUGCAAAAGGGCAAGUCUGCCGUAUCGAGCAAAAACAUCCCGUCGGACUUCGCACAAUCUAUUUUAGCGACCACAAAAGACGACCACGAACCCCCUGAAAAUCCAGAAGGGGCUUCUACAGCCAGAGAACUGCAAGCCAGCCUUAGCCGUCUACCAGAAGAGCUUCUCCUCUACAUCUUGCAGCAUUUGAAAGACCAAAAGGAUGAUUUGGCAAGACUCUGCCGGGUAAACAGGCGCUGUAAGCGUAUUUCUCAAGAGCUGCUAUACGGAACUGUGGGGGGUGUUCGACCGCAUCAUGGGGACGCGUAUGCGAUCUCCCGCUGGCCCGCAUUGGCUAGAAAUGUGCGGAUGCUGGUAUAUGCUUUUACAGAUUCUGAAGACAAAAAAUCUGAGAGAGAAGCUUUCCUCUGUGUCCUCAAGAACGGACACGACAUUCGCUGGAUAACGCUGGGGGUCGAUCUCGCCAAAACCGACGACAACGACGAGCUAGCAAGCACAAGGACUACAACAGCGGGUUGGCUAAGAUUGUUCAACCAAGCCAUUGCUCCAUCACUCGAGCCCCGCAACCGGUUCUCAAAACUAACCCACCUCUGCAUCAAAGCCAGGCGUCUGGCGUCAAGGAAUUUCCCAAUCGAAUCCCUGUCCAGCCUCUUCCGCCUUCCCUCACUCCUUCACCUCCAACUAGAUGGCUUCCAUCAAACAACGCCCUUCAAAUCCUGGCCUAUAUCGCCUUCCACAAGCCCCAUCAAAGAACUCUUCUUACACCGCGCAAUGCUCGACAUCACCGCCUUAUCUCACCUCGUAACCUCCAUUCACUCCCUAGAGCAUUUCGAAUACAACUUCCACACCGCCCCUUGGGAGCCCUUCGCUGCAGACUCCAACCCGCUAUCCAUUUUCCCAGAACACUCCUGGAGCCAGCUAGGUACCGCACUACAGCACCACCGUACCUGUCUCGAACGUCUCUCGCUCUCCGACGCUUCGGACGCCGAAAUCGUCAAGACGGUCUACCCCGAAGGCCACGACUUUGGCGUCUUGGGUUCGCUUAGCAAUUUUGACUGUUUGCACAGCAUGGCUUGCCCUCUCAAGAUAUUCGUAAAUGUUGAUACCGCGGGUGAGGGGGAGUUAUUAGCGCUGCUGCCCCCGCGGUUGGAGGCGUUUAGCACGAUUGUGAGAGAGAAGGAGGCGGAUGAGGCGGCGGGGCAUGUCGCGCUUAUCACCUCGACGCGAGAUGCUGUGAAAGCGAGGGGGUUGGAGGUAUCGGUGUAUUUCCAAUAUAUACGGAAAUGCCAAGUCCGUACUUCGCAGCGGCUCAGCGAUGCAGCCAAGCGCGCGGUGGAGACUGGAGUUGUGUUGUUUUUUAAGGGCGGGGAAAAGGACGAGCAGACGUGGGUUCAGGGACGGCAAAAUGGAGAAGAAGAAGAUGAAGAUGGAGAAGAGGAGGACGGUUCUAUGGAUGGAGAGGAGAACGUCGAUGACGACAUCAUGGACGACGGUGACGAGGGAUGA